UUAUACGCCCCGUUUACGUCCCUACAGAGAAAUGCUUGUUUGCAUCCCUAUCAUUUUUGAAGUUUUGUCAAAAAUUCAUCUCCCCCUCCUGCUUUAGUCUAGCUGCAACGGCGAAGUACCGAAACCCUAAGAAGCACAGCAGCUAAGAGCGAAGCAGCAACAAAUGGCACAACCUAAAGUGUUGUCGACGAAGGAGGCCGAUAUACAAAUGAUGUUGUCUGCUGAAGUCCAUCUCGGCACCACGAAUUGUGAUUUUCAGAUGGAACGUUACGUAUUUAAGCGCCGCAACGACGGAAUUUACAUUAUCAACAUGGGUAAGACAUGGGAGAAGCUUCAGAUGGCUGCCAGAGUGAUUGUAGCAAUCGAAAACCCUCAAGACAUUAUUGUCCAAUCUGCUAGACCAUAUGGACAAAGGGCUGUACUGAAAUUUGCUCAGCACACAGGUUGUCAAGCCAUUGCUGGCCGUCACACUCCUGGUACUUUCACAAAUCAGCUCCAGACAUCGUUCAGUGAGCCCCGUUUACUUAUUUUGACCGACCCAAGAACAGAUCACCAGCCAAUCAAGGAGGCUGCACUAGGAAACAUCCCCACAAUAGCUUUCUGUGAUACUGAUUCUCCCAUGAGAUAUGUUGAUAUUGGUAUCCCUGCUAACAACAAAGGAAAGCACAGCAUUGGGUGUCUGUUCUGGCUUUUAGCUAGAAUGGUGUUGCAGAUGAGAGGUGUGUUUGACCAAGGGCAUAAAUGGCAUGUCAUGGUUGAUUUGUUUUUCUACAGGGAACCAGAAGAGGCUAAGGAACAAAACAGAGAUGAUGUUGAUUACCCUGCAGAUUACACAGCAGGCAUGUGUAGCAACUGGUCAGCUCAGAUUCUUGAUGCUCAAUGGGUUGGUGACAUGGCACCACCACCAAUUGCUGGUUCCCCUGUGGCUGCAAGUGCCACUGGGUGGACUGGUGCUCAAGCUCUGGUUAGUGGUGGUGAUGGAUGGGAGGCUGUUGCUGCUCCUUUACCACAAAAGCUUAAACCAGUCAGACAAGUUGUCAUAAAAUCUAAAAAAUUUGAUGCAGGGAAGUUGAUACAAGAAGACAUGGAUGAACAACAAAGUGUGGCCAACGAUAUAAACAAAAUUCUGAGGGGGGCUGAGUCCAUGUCAAACAAGCUCGAAGAUCUGAGCAGUCGUGUACAACAUAUGGAGGAGGAGUUGCAAAACAUUCAAAAAAAUCAACCUGAGUUUCCUCUUAUCUCAGAUGAGGAGUCCAAAGAGGACCAAAACUUAGUUCUACCUGACUACCGAAGCUUAAUUCUACCUACCUUCCCUGAGAAUUUUAAAGAUCUUAAAGUCUUUCGUAAGUGGAAGAAGUGUGUAGAUUCGUGUUUUGAGGGUCGUGAAAUCCCAUACGAAAUCCAAGGACAACUUGUAGCCGAGACAUUCCCAAAGAAUUUCCCAUGGUGGGAACAAAUCCAAAAGCUAAGCCAGCGAAUCGAUAACGAUGAUAAGAUUACGUGGAGAGAGAUUAAGAAGAUGUUUAUCGUUCAAUUUUUUUCUUCAGAUUGUUUGCUUUCCAACAAGGACCGGUCGUCUCCUCCUAAGAAUACAGACUAACCAUAUUAUACUUUUGAUUCGGUUACAACUAGUUAGCAUUCAAAACUACUCAACAAUGUCAAACUUUCUAUUUGACUGUUUUGGAAUUUAGCAAAUGAAAUGGUUAGCAACUUGGUA